AUGAGAGGUGCAACGAUCCUCAAAGCUGCUGAUGACAAGACGAAGCAGCUCAACAAACAUACGUUGAUGGCGUUCUCAGGAGAAGCAGGAGACACAGUGCAAUUUGCGGAAUACAUACAGGCCAACAUCCAGCUCUACUCCAUGCGAAAUGAUACCGAUUUGGGACCUUCAGCCGUUGCAAGCUUUGUCCGCGGAGAGUUGGCAAGAAGUCUCAGGUCAAGGAAACCAUACACGGUAAAUUUGCUUCUUGGAGGAAUGGAUCCCAUCACGAAUGAACCGCAUCUCUACUGGCUUGACUACUUGGCGUCGCUGGCCCCGCUUCCAUAUGCAGCCCAUGGCUAUGCCCAAUACUAUUGCUUAUCAAUACUCGACAAACACCACCACCCAGACAUCGACUUCGAGCAGGGGCUCAAGAUACUGAAGAUGUGCACAGACGAGCUGAAGCGGAGGUUGCCUAUAGACUUCAAAGGGAUGUUGGUCAAGGUCAUAGAUAAAGACGGUAUCAGGGAGAUUGACUAUGACAUGAGCAAGGAAGUUCUGCCCGCAUAG